AUGGCUCACAUCCACGUGGCCGCGCUGGACGCAGACAUCCCCUGCCACUCCGUAUACAAAGAGCGGGGUCAAUGGAGUUCGAUGUUCCGCACCCUUCUCCAAAAUGCCGCCAAUCGCCUCAACAAGUCCGAAACACAAAGCAAAAUCUCCGUACAUGUCACGGCCUUCGACGCCGUAGGCGGUUCCCUACCGCCGCUCUCAACCCUCCGGCAAUCCACCUCCGAGCCUCACGCCGGACCCUUAGGCCCCAUCGACGCGAUCCUAAUAUCAGGGUCCAGCUUCUCCGCAUACGAGGACCACCCUUGGAUCCACAACCUACAGUCCUUCGUCAAAACAGUCUACACAACCUACCCAGAAGUCAAAAUCUUCGGCUCCUGCUUCGGCCACCAGAUCAUAGCCCAAGCCUUACUGCAGCACGCUGAUGCAGAGGUCCAAGUAGACGAAGUCUCCACACACCAUGUCGAGCAUUCACCCGCCGGCUUUGAAAUGGGUAUUCAUCCCAUUACCCUCAAUCCGGAAUUCACAGCGCGCUUCCCGCCUCUCGCGCGCGCUGCCCCGUUCCGUAUCCAGCUGAUCCACGCCGACGGGGUCGUUCCUACCCCCGCGGCGCUGGAGGCUGCGGCGGGUCCGGUCGUCUUGCCGACUCCGUGGUUGAAUGUCGGGAGUAGCGCGCAGUGCGCUAUCCAGGGACUUUAUAACCCGGGUCGGGUAUUGACGUACCAGGGACAUUUCGAGUUCGAUACGUUUGUGAAUAGUGAGCUCAUGCAGGAGUUUGCGAGGAGGGCGAAUUGGCCUGCUGAGGAUGUGGCUUCCUAUUUGGAGCAGAUUAAUCGCUCCGCUGUUGUUGGUGGGGAGGAUGAUGAUGAUGCUAAAGCGGCUGCUGAGGCGGUGCUGCUUUUCAUGGUUGGGGAUCGGGUUGUUAGUAAUGGAUUGAUGACACCUCCGUUGGGGUGA